AUGCCUCCCAAGAAAGAGGUCGUUGCGGGUGAGGCUCUGCUCUCCGGUUUCCUGGACAAGGAGACUAAGCUGCUGGCCGCGGCUUUCCUGAGCUCUACCGCUCCGGACAAGUUCGACUACGAUGUGAUGGCCACGCUUACGGGCAACACCGCUGGCUCUCUCAAGAAGAUGUGGCCCCCGGUCAAGAAGAAGGCUCUCGAGGCCCAUCCUUCGUUCGCCGCCUUCUUGGGACAAGCCGGUGUCGCCGCUCCUGCUUCGACCGGUGGUGAUCCCAAGCCUGCCGCCACCGCCAAGGUCACCAAGAAGCGCAAAGCUGCUGACGAGGCCCCCGAAGAAGAUGCCGAAGAUAACGCCAAGGACCUUGCUCCUGCCUCAGCUGCUGACAAGUCUGAGGGCGAGAAGUCCGACUCCAAGAAGAAGGCCCCCGCUGCUAAGAAAGAGAAGAAGGCACCUACCAAGAAGCGCGUUCCUGUCAAGGGCCCGAACGCCCCAAAGAAGGCUGCUAAGAAGGAGCCUACUCCUGAGGAGGAAGAGGUCGUCAAGGACAAGUCCGCCGAGGACUCCGCCGAUGGCGGCGACGGUCUCGGUGAGUAUUCCUACCUCAAAAACCUUGAGACAUGGUUGAACAAUACUAACAGUGAGUUAGGCGGCGAGAUCGAAGACGACAUCUAG